GACCGAACCGGGUGACCCCCCACCCACCUGACUAGCCAUCACCCGCACCAUUACAGCUCAUCUAACCCUCCCACAUGUCACCAUCACGUUACAUGUCUCUUAUCAUAUCAACCAAAUCAUGUAUUUAUAUCUCAAAACCACAUAUUUUUUAUUAUUAUUAUUUUUUUGGCAGCAAAUGAAAAUAAAAAAAAAAAAUCAGCAAAAUGAGUUCCGUAUAAAUGGAGUCCACAUUCGACUGAUUCAUAAACUCACAACCAUCAUUCAAGGUUUGAAUAUUCGUUGAAGAAGGAACAGAAUGUUAGGUAUGAAGCAGACGGAUAAGAAAAAAAGUCCGACAAUUAAUCAAACGAAACGUCCUGCAAAGGUUGAAAGCAGGGAGACUAAGCUGCAACAAGAAAAGUCGAAUAAAAGUUUGAGAUCAAAGGAACCAAAUAAGAAAGCUCCAUCUGCUAGAUCAAACAAUAAUAUUGUGGUAACUGACAGAAAAAAGAAUAUAAAGCCGUAUGAAAAUCAUGAAAAAUUAGGUGUAAACUAUACCGACAAAGUGAGCAGAUUUAGACAUGACAAACCCGUUACGGAUUUCGAUAAGGAAUCAAAUAACGGGAGGGAAGAAUCAGACUCCGAAACCAUCACUGAUUCGAUUUCCUCCAGUGGCGAUUCACCGGCUACCGAGCGUGAUUUUCCUUCACAGGUUAACACACCUACAAGUAUUUCCAACGAGUCGAAAGGGUUUAAGGUUCAUGCAAAACCGCCAUCGACUCCUUCAUCUAUUUCAUCGGAAGGAUUUGACGGUCCGGAUCUUGAAGAACCGAAGGAAGUGGGUAUCGUGGAUGAGGUAGACAGUGACGGAAGUAAUGAAGAAAUGCUUGAUGCUAUGGAAAACAUGGAACAAGAAGCAAAAGACGAUUUAGAUCCACGGAUUGCGAAAAUGGAAAUGAGAAUCGAGCAACUCGAAGACGAGCUACGAGAAGUUGCGGCUCUUGAAAUAUCUCUCUACUCUGUAGUACAAGAACAUGGUAACUCGGCACAUAAAGUGCACAAACCUGCUCAAUAUCUGUCUAGACUUUAUAUUCGUACGGGCAAGCAUUUUUCUCAACAAAAGCGCGCUACCAUUGGCCGAAACAUUGUAUCGGGGCUUGUUAUGAUUUCCAUGUCUUGUGGGAAUGAUGUUUCAAGGUUGACUUUCUGGUGGUCAAACAUUGUUGUAUUGAGGGAAAUACUUACCCAAGCAUUUGCAAGCAAACAAUCCAAUAAUCCCGAUGUCAAUGAGUUCGUUGAUGACGGGCCAGAAUCAAGAACCUUCAUAUCCGAACUUGAGAAAGUUGAGUCGGAGAUCUUUUCACGGAUUGUGGAGUCUAUAUGGGUGCAGACCUUGAUGCCUAAAAUGCUUACAGAUGUAACUUUGGGUGACCAGCAACAAGUCAACUUUUCGAUUAAUCUGUGGCAAAACGCUUUCUACGAUGCUUUCAAGAGACUUUGUCCGGUUCGUGCGAAGGGGCACGAAUGCGGUUGCCUUCAUGCGUUGGCAAGAAUGGUAAUGGAACAAUGUGUCGCUAGACUUGAUGUAGCCAUGUUUAAUGCCGUUCUCCAUGAAUCUUCCGAUGAAAGUCCAGCUGAUUCUGUAUCGAAUCCUGUAACCGAAACUAGAGUUUUGCCCAUUCCAGUUGGCGAUCUAAGUUUUGGCUCAGGCGCGCAACUCAAAAAGGCGGUUGGCAACUGGUCUAGAUGGCUCACUGACCGGUUCUCGGUAGACACCGAUGCUGCUAAUGAAGUAAAAUGGUUCGGUCUUCUUGACUCGUUAAGUAAUCUUCUAAUGGUACCCAAGGACUUGAUUGUGGACCGAAAUAUCAGAACUGAGCUAUGCCCGUCAAUAAGUCUUCCAUUACUUAAGCAAAUACUCUGCGGUUUUACACCAGAUGAAUUCUGUCCAGACCCAGUUCCCCAAACUGUAAUUGAGGCGGUUAAUGCGGAGUGCAUCACUGAGGGUAUGUCAUCAGACGACAAUGCCAACGGGUUUGCUCACCGAGCUGCAACAAUCACUUAUAAACCUCCUUUGUCGAUCGAUUUUGCCAAAAGAGUAUAUGAAGAAGUUGAAGAUAGGGAUUCGUCUCCCAUGUUUAUAAUCGGAAAUUUAAAUGGAAGUAUUGCAAGUUAUGUUGGCGCAAAUGCAAGGUACAAACUUCUUCAUGAGGUUUGGUCAUCAUGAGUUGCUUCCUACACAAGGUAACAUGCAUCCUCAUGAAUCAAGGCUACUUUGGGAUGCCUUGAUCAACAAGUAUACUAAUAAUCGGUAUUUUGAAAUCUAGGAAAAUGAGGGUAAUAGGAAAAAAGAUUAUUUUUUGUUUCUUUGUUUCUUUUCUUUAUACUUGUGAAUAGGUUUUUGGAUUAUAGAACAUGUUUUUUUUUUGUUUAAGAAAAAAAUAUAUGCAUCAUAUAUGAAAUAAAAUAACCAUAUUAACCACUUCUUUAUAGAGGUUAUCUACAUUCUGUUCCUGUCUUCCGGCAACGUGGGUCCCGUAGAUGCAGAUGUGUAUUACCUCUUAAAACGCGGGUCCUACUUAGGCACAAAUUUUCUGUAGGGGUCAUGGUUUGCAGUGAUGGUGGACGCAAGUUUACGUUAUAAUGUGAGAUCCACAGGUGAAAUUUGGGGUUAUGUAGUUCCUGCAUUGAUGCUUAUUUAUGUUGUGGAUCUAGCCAUGAGUGAUGAGCUCACUAGCUGGCUCGAGUGGGUCUAGCCAUUGGUGGGUCAUGUUACUUUUUUAUGUCACCAUGAUUCUUGCCACUUAUGCCAAGAGGUUGUGACUUGUGAGGCUAUUCCUUUGGUUUAUGAAUUUGUAUCCAGCUAGCGGGAUUAUCCGCGCAGCGAUCUUUUGAUCAGUCGGUUCAGUUCAAUAUGGUACUGGCACUCAUUCUAGCAACCGAAAGAGAUAUGCUCAAAAUGAUAACGAAACGUGUUUUACAUUGAUUAAAAUCCACAAAAACGACUACCGGAAUUGAUGUUUGACGGGUAUCGAUUCGGGUUGUCACGAAACUGUUAUCAUACUCGCCCUUGCUAUAACGUAAGGUAUCUGUAAAAAUACUUUAUUGUCAAUA